GCGCCCGUCGAGGUUCGACGACGUACGCGAGGCGAUCGCGAAAAUAAUUAACUGAGCUAGCUAGCUGCACUGAGGCGAGUGUUCACAGGUUCUUCACGUAAAAGUCACCCCUGCUUGGUGUAAAAUCAUACUCUUGCGAUGUCUAAGAAAGUGAAAUUAAUGAAUGGUGCAAUGGAGCCACAAGUCGACGAUGGUUUAUCGGGACAGCAGCUGUUUGGUAGUGGUGAUGGCCUUACAUACAAUGACUUCUUAAUCCUACCUGGGUACAUUGAUUUCACAUCAGAUCAAGUGGAUUUGCAAUCCCAGCUGACAAAGGACAUCACCUUGAAGGCUCCGUUGGUGUCGUCUCCUAUGGAUACCGUCACAGAGUCCUCCAUGGCGAUCGCGAUGGCAUUAUGUGGAGGCAUUGGAAUCAUCCAUCAUAACUGUACUCCUGAGUUCCAAGCAAAUGAAGUCAGGAAAGUAAAGAAAUAUGAGCAAGGAUUCAUCAUGGAUCCUGUCGUGCUUGGUCCUAAUGAUACUGUUGGUGAUGUCUUUGGCUCAAAGGCAAAGCAUGGCUUUUCAGGAAUCCCGGUUUCUCAAGAUUUGCCACACAAGAUCCUCGGCAUACCCAUCACAGACACCGGAAGACUGGGUGGUAAACUCUUAGGAAUCGUCACGGCUCGCGAUAUUGACUUCUUGAAACCAGAAAGUUACGUGAAGCCGCUCAGUACUGCCAUGACCUGUAGAGAGGAUCUGGUGGUUGCUCCAGCUAAUGUAACUCUGAAACAAGCUAAUGACCUUCUGCAGAAAGCCAAGAAAGGCAAGCUGCCCAUUGUAAACGAGAAAGAUGAGCUAGUCUCUCUCAUCUCCCGUACGGAUCUCAAGAAACACAGGGAGUUCCCCCUAGCCUCCAAAGACCCCAGGAAGCAACUGCUGUGUGGGGCUGCCAUCGGUACCAGGGAAGAGGACAAGCACAGACUUGACCUUCUGGUCCAGGCUGGCGUAGAUGUAGUCAUACUGGAUUCUUCACAAGGGAACUCCAGCUUCCAAGUAAGCAUGAUCAAGUGCACCAAGGCCAAAUAUCCAGAGUUGCAGGUGGUGGCUGGCAAUGUGGUGACCGUGGCUCAAGCCAAGAAUCUGAUCCAGGCAGGUGCCGAUGCUCUGAGGGUCGGCAUGGGCAGCGGCUCAAUCUGCAUCACACAAGAAGCACGGGCAGCACGAGCUCCUAGUAGUAGGCCCUGUAGGCCGGAGGGUGACUUAACGUCUACCUUAAUGGCUGUUGGUCGUCCCCAAGGCACAGCAGUGUACAGAGUAGCCCAGUAUGCCAGGAGCUGUGGGGUACCUAUCAUUGCCGACGGAGGCAUCACGACGGUCGGUCACAUCACAAAGGCUCUUUCACUGGGCGCUUCCUCAGUGAUGAUGGGAAGCCUUCUGGCGGGAACCACUGAAGCUCCUGGAGAAUACUUCUUCUCUGAUGGAGUCCGACUCAAGAAGUACCGUGGCAUGGGAUCGUUGGAUGCCAUGGAGAAGAACCAGUCCUCUGCCAAGAGAUACUUCAGUGAGCGUGACAAGCUGAAGGUUGCCCAGGGUGUUUCAGGGUCCAUCGUGGACAAGGGUUCUAUCCACAAGUUUGUGCCAUAUCUCAUUGCAGGAAUCCAACAUGGCUGCCAAGACAUUGGAGCACUAAGCCUCACCGUUCUAAGAGAAAAGAUGUAUUCUGGCGAAGUUCGCUUUGAGAGAAGGUCACCUUCAGCUCAAGUAGAGGGCGGUGUUCACAGUCUUCACUCGUUUGAAAAGCGUCUGUACUAAGCGGCUAGCGACCAAGGUUAAGCAGACUCCUUCCUCUCAUCGCCAUCUUGACAAAGCAAGGGAGGCUGGAUGCGUCCAUUUUGGUUACCCAUAGUGCACAGAUGGUGUCUAUGUAUAUGUGAACAAUGUGUUUGUUUAUCUCAGAGUGAUACUGUACUAGCCAAGUCUAUUUUGAUAUACAUGAUGAUAUGAUGUGAAAGAUCGAUGUCUACUUUUAUGACUGUCACAAAACAAAGUACAAUGUAAUGCAGAAAUAUAAAGGUAACAAACGGUAGAUACAGAUGAAAAAUAAGUAUUAUUUUAACGAGUAAGUGAAUUUGCUUUCGUCUGGGCUAUACAAAAUGUGCUGGUUCUUGUAGCCUUUGUCAAGAUAUUGUAUGAACAAAAUCUGUUCCUUUUCCUCUUUGUGUCCAAAGCUCUGGGUCUGAUUUGUCUCAUCAGAUCGCUCUGCAUGAACCUUGUGUCGUGUAGAGGUAUCAUUGUGUAGCUAAAAGUUCAUGGUUAUCCACAUACAUGUAUAUCCUCUGUGGAUAAUGAACUGCAGUUCAUGAGGAAGUUUAUUCACCGAUCCAACUUUUUUUUUUCUUCUUCCUUUUACACCAAUUCUAGGCUUCCUAGACAUUUGUCAACCUUUCACACACGGCUUUAUUCUACUUUUAUUUCCACUACUUAAUUGUCAUUUUUUUAGAUAAUUUGCAAUCUAAAUGUCAUAUUUGCAUUUAUAUUAAUGGCCUAAACUAUGGCCCUCAUUAUGCAUUUGGUGUGAAAAGGAAAAACAAGAACUCUUUGGUCAAUGUGUGAUAUAGGGUCAUUGUUUAUUCAUAUGAGCACUGUUAUUAAGUUUCGGCACAUUAUACAUACAUCAUUAACUUAUUUAUUUAUUUCAAGUUGGUGCAUUCACUACUUAUACUGCAAAACAGCACAGGCACUGCAUUUUGUCUUCAUUAGGUGAAUUUAUAUUCCUGUGUUUGAAAAUGCAUGGUUGUGGCUUUGGAUAGGGGCCAAUUAAAAGGGUUUUGUAAAUGUAGUUUAGUUGCAGAAAUAUAUCAAGUGGAAAUGUGAGAAGAAAAGUGUCCUGUUAAACAUCACCAAAGGUUUCAAAAUUGCAUGGACUAAAUAUGAGCAUGAAACAAUGACCAAAAUCACCAAAUCCUCCUGUUUUCUGAUGAUUUACUUUGAAACACACAAGUCAGAGUUUGAUAAGUAAUUUUGAAUAUGUUGGUGCAAUUUUAAUUGUUUACUCUUGAUAUAUUGUUUUCAUGGCAGUCGGCCGAUUUAGCCGACAAAGUGGAUGGAAAUUCUAUGUUUUUCAUACCAGAAUUAGGAUUCAGCCUGAUGAAUGACAACAUAGGGUAUUGCACAUUUCAGGACUGGUAAAAACCAUUUGCUUUUAUAUGAAAAUCAUAUUGUUUGCUGAGGUUGCUUUAAAUUCAUCAAGUCGAAAAUAUAGUCAAUAUCGAUAUUCAGUUAUUAAUAUCAAACUUUAUCAUCAUAAAUUAGAUUGAUCACAUAGGAUUAUAUUUUCUGGUCCCGGUUGACGUCGAAGAAAAAAAAAAUGUACCAAUAAUGAAUGGAUUUAAAAUGUUACAAAAGAUUAGUACUAAGUAUUUUGCUUUUUUUUUAUCUGCUUUAAUUGAUGAAUUAAAUAUCAAUCAUGUUUAUUGAUAACUUGGAUAUCAGGUGAUGAGUGCAAGAAAUCUAUGAAAGAGUGCCACAAGCCCUCAUUUUAUUUGAAAUUGCAUCAUUAUACAUUAUACAAGCUAGUAUAUGAAAUCUUCUUAUGUAAAUACUUCUUUCUAGAAAAAGAGUUAUGUCUGAUCAUGGGUCUUAUGGGCAAAUGUUUUUUUUUUUUUUUGAGCGUUGGAAAUCUCCAGAAUGAACUAGCUCACUAUUCCUGUCGUAUAAUUCAUAUUACCUUUUUCUGUGCUUAAGGUAUCAAAUAGAGCCGAAUUGAACAAUUGGAAGAUUUGCCUUGUGAAAGAACUGCACAGAUUAUUUUGUUGACAGGUAUUAAUAGAUCAGUUCGGAUAUAUUCAAAUUGAAUACAUAGUGUUGUACUAUGGUACUUUGCAGUUAGCUGAAAGCUUUAUUUGCCCAUACACAGAUUGUGAGUAUAUUCAACUGGUAUAUUGUAUGUUAUGAUAAUACCAUCUUGCAAACAUGUCUUUGUGCAUGAUGUAUUACAAAGAGUACAUGUAUGUAGGCAUAAUGUAACAAAUCUUAAGACAUGCCUGUUUAGCAUGCAGACCCCCCCCCCCACACACAUACACACACAUAACAUGAAUCUGAACCUCCAGAAACAAUACUUAGUCUGGAUGACUGGUAUGAUGUGAGUACUCAUGAAUCCAUUGCAUUUUGUCAAUCAUUAUAGAGCGCACAAAGUAAAUUUUAACUGUGUGCAUUUUUUUUUAAUAAUUAUGUUGUUUAUUGUUAAUUGAAAGGUCAAGGUAACAAGGAAUUAUUAUAAUUCAUAUUGUUUUUGUUGAAAAGCAAACAAUCUCUCAGUGUAUCGUCUGCUGAGAGCCAGAAGGGCAUUAACUUGUGUAUGUGAAAGAGUUAAUGCCCUUCUGGCUCAGUGAAUGGACAAUAUUUUUAAGGAUCUGUUUUUGUGUGUGUGUAAGAGAGAGAGAGACAGAGAGAGAGAGAGGGGGGGAUGUAAUUAUUUUAUGAUGAAGUAUGUGUAUUGGUAAGAAAAGUAAAGUGAUACAUGUACAUUAAUCUUCACAUGUAGAACUUUUUUUUAAAGAGAGAUUAGUGUAUGUCAUGUGGGCAACAUGAAUUAUACAUGUUUUUAUGGUUUGUCUAUGUUGUUAUCUGUCUAUGUAGUUAGCAAUACAACUGCAAAGAAGAAUUCAUGCAGACUGAAAUUGAAAUAUGACUAUAAUUACAGUGUUUAUAAACAUGUCUUAAAACAAGAACAAAUGUAGCAAAUUUAGAUUUUUAUUUACAUGUACACUUUAUGAUUUUCAUUCCAGAGAUAUUGUAAUAUUAUUAUGUUGUAAUUUUGAUUACAUUUGUGAUUUUACCUUUGUGUUUUUAUGGUAUGAAUUAUUGUGCACAUUGUAAAAAGUACAAUGAAAUGUUGAGUAUAUAAUGAAGAUAUAAAAGCUUCAACAAUUUGUUCAAUCCUAUCACUUAGAAUCUCCUAAAUCUUGCAUGUAUAUGACACAUACAGGUCCAGAGUAAGUCCAAUUUUAAAACUAAGAGAGUGUGUUGCAGGUUUUGAGUAUAUGUAAAUAUUCAUCCUCUAUAUAUCUUCAUCUCCAUCCUCAAUUUGCUGCUGGUUGUAUAGUCACAUGAUGGAGCACCCUGUUUGAGAUUGUUUUGCUUUUUGUCACCCAAUUAUGCUUUACAAUUGUUAAGAACAAUUUUUUGCUUUAUUAGACAUUAUGGAAUUUAAGACUUAUCUAAUAGCAGUACUGACUUGAGAAACAUGUGCAAAGAGCGAUACUGAGAUCUUCACCUCGGCAUGUUUGUUCAGAAAAUGUGUUAAAUUUUAUGUUCAUGUAUGAUUAACCUGCAUUUGACCCCAUCCUCUCAAGGUCUUAUAUUUUAAACUUUUUUGAAAUUUUGAACUAUUAAAAAGUACUACAUGUAUAUUGUGAAGAGCUAUUAGAAAUGUAGCUCGCUUCUUUUAAUUUUUUGUGCUCAAAUCUCUUUUCGAUUGCUUUGUUUCACAAUGGUUCAGUUUGAAUUAUUUGAAGAUUGGUAUGCAUGUAUUAGUUGCUUUUUAUUUGUUAUAUUUUCUUGUUCUGUGGUUAUUAUUGGUAUAUUUUUUGGCAAAAUAAAAUGACACCUACACUGGUUAGACAGAAUCAA